UAAGUUCAGGCUGUCCUUACACGGCGAACAAUCGAUGCGCGUCGCAACCUUUCCCUUUCCUUAUCCCGUUUAUAUAGUACGGCGACUUCCGCCCUUGCCGUUAAAGCAGUGCGAUCAUGGCGGAGCGCGUUCAGCAGCCCCCAGCUAAACGGCUCUGCUGCCGACCCGGGUAUAGUACGACGUGUAGACAGGGGCAGCGAGCCGGUGGAACAGUAUGCGGCGGUUCGGGUUCUGGCCAAGGGGGAUCCAGCAAAACCCAGAGCCCCGAAUCGCUCCUGGACAUUGCAGCGCGGAAAGUAGCGGAGAAGUGGCCGUUCCAACGGGUGGAGGAGCGUUUCGAGCGCAUCCCGGAGCCCGUACAGCGGCGGAUCGUUUACUGGUCUUUCCCGAGGAGCGAACGGGAGAUCUGCAUGUAUUCCUCGUUCAACACGGGCGGAGAGGAGAACGCGUCUAACGGGGAGAACGUAGACGAGACGCGGUUACCGUUCCGACGCGGCAUCGCAUUGCUGGAGAGCGGCUGUGUGGACAACGUAUUACAAGUCGGUUUCCAUCUGAGCGGCACAGUAACAGAACCGGCCACACCGUCAGAACCCGAGAUGGUGUGCAGCGUAGCUAUUAGCUUCGACCGCUGCAAGAUCACCUCCGUAACGUGCGGCUGUGGAAACAAGGACAUCUUCUACUGCGCCCAUGUGGUGGCGCUGUCCCUGUACCGUGUACGGCGGCCUGAGCAGGUCAAACUUCACCUCCCCAUCUCAGAGACUCUAUUCCAGAUGAACAGGGACCAGUUGCAGAAGUUUGUGCAGUAUCUCAUCACCGUCCACCACACAGAAGUGCUGCCCACGGCCCAGAAACUGGCCGAUGAGAUUCUCUCCCAGAACUCAGAGAUCAAUCAAGUGCACGGGGCCCCGGACCCCACGGCGGGAGCCAGCGUGGAUGAUGAGAACUGCUGGCAUUUGGACGAGGAGCAGGUCCAGGAGCAGGUCAAACUCUUCCUGUCCCAGGGGGGAUACCAUGGCUCGGGCAAACAGCUCAAUCUCCUGUUCUCCAAGGUGCGGGAGAUGCUGAAGAUGCGGGACUCGAACGGCGCUCGCAUGCUAACGCUAAUCACAGAGCAGUUCAUGGCCGACCCGCGGCUGGCUCUCUGGCGGCAGCAGGGAACCACCAUGACGGACAAAUACCGGCAGCUGUGGGACGAGUUAGGUGCCUUGUGGAUGUGUAUCGUGCUGAACCCCCACUGUAAGCCGGAACAGAAGGCCGCUUGGCUCAGGCAGCUCAAGAAGUGGAACAGUGUGGACGUGUGUCCCUUGGAGGACGGUAACCAUGGCAACGAGCUGCCCAAUUUAACCAAUGCCUUGCCUCAGGGUGCACACGGCAACCAAGAUUUGGGCGCCCGGCCCCACCGGACGGUUUUCACACGAGCCAUCGAGGCAUGCGAUCUCCACUGGCAAGACAGCCACUUACAGCACAUUAUCAACGACGACCUCUACACCAACUACUGUUACCAUGACAACACUGAAAAUUCGCUCUUUGACUCUCGCGGCUGGCCCCUGUGGCAUGAACACGUCCCUACGGCCUGCGCCAGGGUAGAUGCACUGAGAUCUCACGGUUACCCACGGGAAGCACUGCGAUUGGCCAUCGCCAUCGUCAACACCCUGCGCCGGCAGCAGCAGAAACAGCUGGAGCUCUUCCGAAACCACAAGAAAGAUCUGCUUCAUAAAGGGGUGACCUCCAUCACUAAUCCAGAGGGAUGGGUGGGCCACCCUUUGGACCCCAUUGGAACGCUCUUCAGCACGCUGAUGGAAACGGGCCGCGGGGAUGAAGACCUUUUGCAGGGAGGGUUCCUAGAUUUCUCAGCCAGCAAAAUGAGCUCGAGCAAGCACAGCGAGAUGCACUUGUUUCCAUCCACGCGCCGCUUCCUGGAGGAGGGUGAAUCAUAUUUGGCCCUGGCGGUGGAAACGGCCCUGAUGGGACUGGGUCAGCAGAGAAUCAUGCCCGAUGGACUUUACGCCCAAGAGAAGGUGUGCCGCAACGAGGAGCACCUGAUCGCCAAGCUACAGGAAGUUGACCUGGAUGACACCCUGGUCAAGAUCUUCCGCAAGCAAGCCGUCUUCCUGUUAGAGGGUGGGCCCUACAGUGGUUUGGGAGAGCUCAUCUAUAGAGAGAGCGUUCCGAUGCACACGUAUGCCAAGUAUCUCUUCACAUGCCUCCUACCUCACGAUGCCGAACUGGCGUACAAAAUUGCACUGAGAGCAAUGCGGUUACCAGUGUUGGAAUCCACAGCUCCUUCGGGCGACAUGUCCCGGCCUCACCAUAUAGUAUCAGUCGUCCCCAAUCGUUACCCACGAUGGUUCACCCUCAGCCACAUCGAGUCCCAGCAGUGUGAGCUGGCCUCUACCAUGCUCACUGCAGCCAAAGGUGAUGCUCGAAAGUUAGAGACAGUAUUAGAGUCCAUACAGAAGAACAUUCACUCCUCGUCUCAUAUCUUCAAACUGGCGCAGGAUGCCUUUAAGAUAGCGACGCUCAUGGACAGUCUGCCGGACAUCACUCUGCUGAAGGUCUCUCUGGAGCUGGGUCUUCAGGUAAUGCGUAUGACGCUUUCAACGCUGAACUGGCGGCGGCGAGAGAUGGUACGAUGGCUAGUCACAUGUGCCACAGAAGUUGGGGUCUACGCACUGGACAGCAUCAUGCAGAGCUGGUUCACCCUCUUCACGCCCACCGAAGCCACAAGCAUCGUGGCCACCACGGUCAUGUCCAACAGCACCAUCGUCCGGCUGCAUCUGGACUGCCAUCAGCAGGAGAACCUGGCAAGCAGCGCGCGGACGUUAGCCCUGCAGUGCGCCAUGAAGGACCCUCAGAACUGCGCGCUGUCAGCCCUCACACUCUGCGAGAAGGACCACAUCGCCUUCGAGACGGCCUACCAGAUCGUGCUGGACGCAGCCACCACGGGCAUGAGCUAUACGCAACUGUUCACCAUUGCACGCUACAUGGAGCAUCGCGGCUACCCGAUGCGCGCUUACAAACUAGCUACGCUCGCGAUGGUGCAUUUGAACCUGAGCUACAACCAGGACACGCAUCCUGCAAUCAACGACGUGCUUUGGGCUUGUGCGCUCAGCCACUCGCUGGGAAAGAACGAGCUGGCUGCCAUCAUCCCACUAGUGGUGAAGAGUGUUAAGUGCGCCACCGUGCUGUCGGACAUAUUGCGGCGUUGCACGCUGACCACGCCCGGCAUGGUGGCCCUGCACAGCCGCAGGAACUCUGGGAAGUUGAUGUCAUUGGACAAAGCCCCACUAAGACAGCUCUUGGACGCUACAAUUGGGGCCUACAUCAACACAACGCACUCACGGCUUACGCACAUCAGCCCACGGCACUACAGCGAGUUCAUCGAGUUCCUCAGCAAAGCCAGAGAGACUUUCCUCAUGGCGCACGACGGACACAUUCAGUUCACACAGUUCAUAGACAACCUGAAACAGAUAUACAAAGGCAAAAAGAAACUCAUGAUGCUCGUGCGCGAGCGCUUCGGUUAGUCUGCCUUUCUAUGCUUUUUAAGUCAAAAAAGAAACGACAAAAACAAUACAAACCACACCGGUAUUAUGUGUAUAGACUUACGUUUGCGUAAAAAAAAAAAAAAAACCGUAAAAAAAAGUGGAACGUUGUCAUGUUGUGGAAGUUUGUGCGUUUCCCCUUUAUUUGUGUGAAAGCGUGUGAGAGUAUGUCACGAUGUUUCGGUUUACACUGAGUAUAUGUUGUCCAGUGGCGAAAAGUCCACACAGCACUCCAGAUCUCUCUGUUAAACAUUCACAGCCUCAAAGUGAAAAAGAAAUAUGGCUUUAAACCAAACAACACCUCCAUCCUAAGUGACAAGUACCUCGUACGGCUUCAGCUUUACUCCUUCCUGAACCAGUCACACGUUACCAGUGUACUAAAGAAGUGUUAGAAACGAGAAAAACAAAAACACGUCUCCAUUUUUUGAGUUUCCUUUUCAGUUCACCAGGCUAAUUGCGUGGCUUUGCAGUGCUGUUUCGUCCAAAAGCAUGUCUCGCGCGCGCACACACACACACACACAGUCUUCAACCCCAUUGUGCUUGCGCUUGUGGAAACUUAGCGACUGUCGACAUACAUCUCAGGGAUUCUCUUUGAAAAAAAAAAAAGGAAAAAAAGAAGAAAAAAAUCGUCAUGAAAGAAUGAGAGCA